GGGAGAUCCUUGUUAUUCCACAGGUAUAUUUUUAGCCUCAAUGGCUGUUUUUUCUGAAGUCUUGUCCUGCCUGCUCUGCCUGGCCUAAAGAGUCAGAAGUCAAGCUGAGUAAGAGACCUCUUCUGUUGAGAUCCAGAACAUCUUCAAGGGCAGAGGAAGAUGCCUCUUGUCCUUCAUGAAGGCCAGCCCCAUCCCAUCACAAGCCAGAAACAACGGCUUUGAACCUGGACCUGCGAGCUGUUAUUUCAGCUACACUGAAGUUCUGCGAUCCCGGACGUGACGUUGAGGAAAGUGUGUGGUGAGCGAAGACGUCAACAGACAGCACGCACAUACUCAGGGAAACACCCUCCAAAUGUUGACUGUUGCUGGAAAAAAACAUCAGACUUCUAGAGUGCCAAGAAAGACAGAAAGGAAGGAAGGGAGAGAGAGAGAGAGAGAAAGGAAGGAAGGAAGAGUGUAUUCCCAAGUCCUUAGCCUGUGCUAUUACAAUCGUAAUUUAGAUGGAGUUUAGUGACUGCUUCAGUCUGGCCUGUCCUCACAGCCCUCGCCCAGGAGACUUGAUUGAAGUGUUCCGCCCUGGCUAUCAGCACUGGGCACUGUACUUGGGUGAUGGUUAUGUUAUCAACAUUGCACCUACCGAUGGCAUUCCUUCAGCGUUUACAAGCGCCAAGUCUGUGUUCAGCACAAAGGCCUUAGUGAAAAUGCAGCUUCUGAAGGAUGUUGUGGGAAACGACACAUACCGAAUAAAUAACAAGUACGAUACAACACACCGUCCUCUGCCCGUGGAGGAAGUAAUGCAGCGGUCCGAGUUCGCCAUUGGGCAGGAGGUGGCCUAUGAUUUGCUGGUCAACAACUGCGAGCAUUUUGUGACCUUGCUCCGCUAUGGAGAAGGAGUGUCAGAACAGGCCAACCGAGCAAUAAGCACCAUUGGGUUGGUGGCGGCUGCUAUUGAUAUCUUCGCAUUCCUCGGCUUGUUUCCAAAGAAACAAAGAACAAAAUAUUAGCAAUUUACUGAAGAGAUUGGAAUUGAAGGAAUCUGUAAGGAGAAAGAAAUUCUGGGGCGAAUACUUAUUUUGAACGCAUCAUAAUUUCUCCCGGUCCCCAUGAUGGAUGGCAGACUCUGUAAUAAAUUGCUUGCUGAUUUUAAUCUUA